UGGGGGCGGCCCGGCCCGCAAAGUGCGUGUCCCUCCCGCAGCUUCGACGGGGACGACUUCGACGAUGUGGAGGAGGAUGAGGGCCUGGAGGACCUGGAGAACGCGGAGGAGGAGGGACAGGAGAACGUGGAAAUCCUCCCCUCAGGAGAGCGGCAGCAGGCGAACCAGAAGAGAAUCACUACCCCCUACAUGACCAAAUACGAGCGUGCCAGAGUCCUGGGCACUCGUGCCCUCCAGAUAGCGAUGUGUGCCCCUGUGAUGGUUGAGUUGGAAGGAGAGACAGACCCCUUGCUGAUCGCCAUGAAAGAACUCAAAGCACGCAAGAUCCCCAUAAUCAUCCGUCGUUACCUACCAGAUGGGAGCUAUGAAGACUGGGGUGUGGAUGAGUUAAUUAUCACAGACUGAUCAGCCUCCAGCUAUUGUUUUGGUUCUUUCCUUCUCCAGAGAUGUUUCUAUUUUUGUUUAUA